ACUCUAUUACGCGUCCAGGGUGCGGCGGCACAUACAUCGUCCAAACCGAAUGAUUAUAAGGAUGAGUUGUGCUGAAUCAGAGACGCUGAGACAUAUCCUUUCACAAGGCUCAAGGUUGAGAUUUUGUUGCAGCGCCAGCACGGGUGGGAGCAAGCAAAUCCAGUUAAUCUUCAUCGUUGUGUCCUUCGAGUGGGGUCGGCUGUUUCCUCUUGAGGAAAAAGAAGACAAGGCGUCUCAUGCACAUGUGUCGGCCGCGAGCGAGGGGAGAAGUAAUCAGGAAAAGACCACCUCAGAAGGCGGCGGGACUUGUCAGAAACCCUCGUGCGUUUUGAGAAGGCUUUUGUGCUUUCGGGGAAGGCUCAGAAAAUGUUUCAGAAGGCCGAGGCACUUCCAAGCCUUCUGAGGCCCGCCCCUUCUUAUUUUCCUCCUCGAGCUUGCCGCUGAAUAAGCUUUCGGAGGUCCGCGCGGAUUUCUUAGAUCGGCACUGGACCCGUCUGCCGCCGUCCAGCGCCGAUCCAAGAGAUUUGCGAGGACCUCCGACAAUUUAUGUUGGUGCAUUUGCUUCUUCGUCUUGUCUGGCCAGCGAAAGGGCAGACCGCAGUCGAGGGCAGACCGCAGUUACUUCAUGGACGUGAGCGUCUACCUCAUAAGAUAGGGUGUCGCGUUUCCAUAUUUUAUGUCAGGGGCGCCGCCGCGGACAAGGUCGCGGAGCAGGGAUCAACACUGCGAGUGCUGCCAGCACGGACAUCGAGCAGCACGAGGCGCCCGACUCUGCCGCGCUGGGCGGCCAUCUGGAGCUCGGGCUUGCGAAGGCUGGGUUGUGCCGACCGUGCCGGAGAUCCAGCUCCUGUGGGCGUGCCUCGUCGAGCGUGCGCGUUGCCUCGCGCCGCUCGGGCGAAGCUGGCGCCUGGCCCCUCCAAGAAGCGUGAGGAAUCUGCUCCUCACCGGUGUGGUGCAGACAUCGACGUCACCAUCUGCUGGCCGGACGGCCAGGACGAGGGCGACUCUGCCGCGGCGGCGCGGGCUCUGCAGGGGGGUGUGCUGCCGCUGCCGUCGCCGAGCCCAGGGCUCGAGGUCAGCGGGCUCGCUCCCGGGGCCAGGACAUUCCAGCCCUGCGUCUGCGAUUCGAGGGCGCCGUGAACGGGGACCUCUCCUCUUCACAACGCGGAGCCGCUGUGGAGCUCGCAGCCACUCCGUGCCUGCGCACAGGCCAGCCCGCUGCUACGGGGCGUGGCGCAGCUGGUGAAGUUGUGGUUCAAGUCCGCCGGCGUCUGCACUGACGUUCCUACAUAUCAGUCUCACUUUCUUCCCGUCGAUCCAACUAUUAAUAUGUCAGCCAGUCUCACUCUACGUGUGGCUCAUCUUCCUCAGUUACAUAUAUAUAUAUAUAUCGUGCUCAGACCGCUGCAGUGCUUCCUCCGCUCCUCAUCCUGGCACCCAAUCAUCCUUCCAGUUGCUCAGGCGCCUGCACCGUGCGCCGGAUCUGCGACCAUCUGCGAGCCCUUCCUACCUACUCUGGAUGGGGUAUUUGUCAAGGAGGGAGGCGAUCAACCUUCGGGCUGAGCUUGCCCAAUCCCGCCGCCAUGCAUCCUCCUCCCCCUCCUCAUCCUCCCCCUCUUCCUCCAGCCCCCCUCCACCCGUGCCGACAGCGCGUGCCCAGUCCCCCAGCGGAUUCAAGGGGGGGGGCGAUGAUUUUCCCAUCCAAAGUAUACUUGCUGGUCCAAGCGACGCCCUUGGUCGGAGACGUACCGCUACCUUUCCCUGGUUUUCCCCUUGUUGGGCCUCCUGGGAGGCCCUCGUCGCCACCUCUGGAUUCGCCUCGAAAUUCUAGUCAGAAAGCACCCCGGGAGAGGUCCUGGGAGUGGCGGUACCGGCACCUUUUGGUUUCCCCACUUGGGUGUGGGGCACCCCCAUUUAGGUUCACCUGGCUGCAGACAUCCUUCAGAUUCUGAACCCCGGUAAGUUUUCUGGCCAGCGGGAGCAGGGUUCACGCGUGGUCGUUCGUUGACAGUGCACACGCCCACGCUUCGGGCGGCUUCGCAAACUGCGAGGGCCCGCUCGCGCUGCUUGUUGCCCGUCAGAGCCAAACGAGCUUAUCAUUUAAUGGCGCACUUUUGUAAGCCCGGCCCGCAACCUGGAGCGAGCCUGGGGUCCUGCGCCAUCGCAAUAGCGAUGUGCACGUGCCGCGAUUCGGAUAUAGAUCGGGUGACCUUGACAUCCACACUGGUCUCACCACCAGAAAAGGUGGAACACGCAAGACCGCCCCGCGUAUUGAGUAAGACAAUAGAGUAAUGACUUGCU